GGACCCAUUAGUGAAAGAAAUGAUUAAAGAGACACGUGGAGAAAGUACUAAUGAAGGUAGUUCAACCGAUAAUCAAUCAGGGAGCGGGAAAAGAAGAAAAAGAGUUUUAGUUAAAGUCUUGCCUAUAAAUUCACCAGGAUUAGUAAGAAGAAAAAAUAAAUUUAUUCCACAAAUAUGGGAAAAGCUUUAG